AUGGAAUCUAAACCUAGUAAGCGGAAAUCAGUAGCAACAACUAGAAAGGCCUCAGUGACGUACUCCCACAGUAGUAAUGGCUCAACAGCACGUACUUUUACGACUUCGGUCGCUGCUACUUCUAUCGCGACCAACAGUAUGACGACAAGGUCGCGUCUUAUCAGUACAAGAACUACCGACAACAUGUGGAAAAGUAGAAGUAAUGAUAGGAGGAGUACCGGUGAGCGGAGUCGCGUUACCACACUCCGGUGGGAGCAUCUUCCAUCCUUCUCUACAAGAACAGAAAGACAACGAGGUUCAAUGUCAACAACUGCAUCUAUACGCAGACGUUGGCACGCACGAGUCAUUGGUAUGUUGCAUGUAGCCUUUUAUUCUUCAUUAUUUGUUGCUGCUAUGCGUCGUGUGGCUGCUCGCUACCGUAAACGUGUAAUUUGGGAAACUGUGGAGAAACCAAAGGCGGCAUUUAAAAUACAAACCGCAUGGCGUGCAUACCGGCAGAGAAGAAGAUUCAAUUGUAAGGCCGCUGCAGAACUUCUUGGUCCUAUUCUACGCUCUAAAAUUAUGUGUUUACUAAUAGUAAAGGAAAAGUGUGCGUUAUUCCUACAGCGUGUUUUUAGGUCUCAGAGAGAGCGACACUUUAUGCAUUGGUUAUAUCAACAAAUGAAAUACAAUAAGGCGCUUAAUGUGGUGCGUAAAUUUCUAGAACGAUAUGUGGCUAAGCGGCAUUUGUUGUUUCUUACUCUUCAACGUGAUGAGCGGGAUGUGUGUGAGGAACGUUGUGCCAUGAUGGCACAGUCUCUCAUUCGUGAAGAACGUGCAGAGUUAAUGCGAAUACUACAUUGGAUGAAUACAAGUACACAAUCGAAUUUAACACCAUUAGUGACAAAAGCAAUGUUGGAAUAUGAAACUAAACGAUGUACUGAUGGCUCUUCUCGUCCUACGUCUUCACUAGUGACAAGGAUGAGAGAUGUUACCAAAAAUUUCUCUCUUUCUCUAACUUCAAGUGGUCGAGAGAUACAAUCAGAAUUUAAUCCAUUAGCUUCAUCCACCUCUGGAUUGGAAACCAUUUAUAACUCUGGUAAUGGUACUUUGGAAAGUACGAAUCCAUGUGUAUGGAACUCUAUCUUACACAAUGAGGAAAGUGCUCGUGUUUUCAUAGAUGGCCUAUUUCGACGAAAGAUACCUUCUUAUCCAUUAUAUAAAGAGGAUUCUGUACAACCUCCUUUUAAAAAAGUGUCUAAUAUCGCUUAUAAGAGUACUAUGAAUUCACAAAUAGAACUAAAGAGGUCUCAAGAUCAUGAAUUGAAUUAUGGGUUAAGCCUUUUCCCUUCUCGACCUGUUUCAGCGAAAUUAGGAAGUGAUCUGGAUAUUAAUAAACAACAUAUCACACAAGAUUUUUCAUUUUAUGAUGGAUCACCAUCAUUAAAUGGUUUAGUAGACGCUUUUCUUGAACUUUUACUACGUACAGAAUCUAUUGAACGUAAAUCAUUGGUGUUAGAAUAUCAAGAUAGCCAUAAUGAACUUAUACAACAGUUGAAAUGGGUUGCUACAACACUACAUGCAACUACUGCCACUCCCCCAUUGUAUGCUUCUCUCCUUGGAAAUAUGCAAGAGACAUGGUUAGUAGAACGAGCAAAAUUGCUUUUUCGUCAGGAGCAUGAGAGUCGCCUUAAACUAGUAAGAGAGUAUGAAGCGAUACCACUCCGUUUUCUUAAUCGUCCACUUCUUAAUAAUGCAGCGGAAGAGCGAAGAACACGUCUAGUGGAGGGUGUGCGAAAAAUAAAAGAAACAGAGGAAGCCAAUGGAAGUACGAAACGGGGUAACACCCCAUCAGAGGUUGGAUCGUAUCAAGAUCGGAAGGAAAAUACUAAUCCCCUAACACCAUUCAUGGAUUCCAUGCACCCGUCACUGCGGCCUUUAAGUAGGGAGAAAUUAUCAACGGCAAAGUCUCAGACGAUAUUACGACCAAUAUCCGCUUCAUCACGACCACCACUACCUCCAUCACCUCCACCACGGAAAAGAGAAGAUAUGUCUGGUGUUGUGAAAUCAGCAAUACAUCAGGGUGGACAAAGAUAUCAACAACAACAACAAGAACAGCAGCAGCAGCAGCAGCAGCAGUAUCAUCAUUAUUAUAUGCACAAUCGUCCAACGGAGGAUGAUGUUCUUCCUAGAUUUUUCACCGCAACAUGUACGUUAUCACCAGAUUCACCAAUGGUAAGUGCAAACGUGAAUAGUACACCCUCAGUGCAGAAUGCUGAAGGUGAUUUUGGGAAUGAUACUGAUCGAGGACCAAUCGCACAUGGAAAGUCAUCAGUUCAAUUUAAAAGCAAUGCAUUACUUCCAAGUUUUUUGUCCUUUUUUACAGCACCUGGUGCCAAUAGCAAUACCAAAACUAAUAACAUUGUAGAGUUUCCAUAUACUGAUGUCAAUCGACAUGUAGGUUCUAUCUCAUCUGUUGAUAGUGGUGAAACCCCGGUGCUUCCACAUCUAAAAGGAACUUCAUCUGGUGGUCGUCUUAAUACCAGUAGUUGUAAUAGUGGCUUAGUCUACGCAACGGAAGGAAAGCACAGCAAUGAAAAAGCUGGUAGGAUUUUAACAUAUUCUUUUAUGACAGGCUCUAAUUUACAGAGUGUUGGAGAUUCUUUACUUAUUACGAAGAGUACACUUGGAGGGAAUCAAACCAACGUAGCCAGUACAACACGUGGAGUGCCAAUUCCCCUAUUACGUGCCUCACCAACUCCAGAUCGAAGUACUCUACCACCGAUCCAAACUAUUGAGAUUGUACGUGAUAGAGAGCCUCUCGAGCAGAAAGAAAGUGGUGCUGACUACGUCUGCGAUCGCCGCGGACGUCGUUUUCCUUCUCCAUUACCUACAAAAGAAGCACUAGCAGCAGCGGCAACACUACGAGAGGAGCGUUGUGCUUCUCCAUCAUCAUUGUUAUUCUCACCAAUGAUGACCAGGUCUUUAUCACCAGUGAGGAUACGUAUAGGGCGUACCACAGACCCAAGGAAAAAAAAAGAUAUAAACAUUGAUCAUGUCAACAGAGAACCUGAGAUGAGUAAUGCUCCUUAG